AUGAAUGAAGACUUCAAGAAACAUCUCACCACCAGGCCAGUGUGGACCAUGCAUGAGAUCCAGGGCGUCGCUAAGGAAUACAUAAAGGACGAAGUGGUAAGCCAAGUCGUAACCGUUAAUAAACGGCAGCACGGCAACACACAGCACGACAACUCGACACCUCGAGAUAACCCUCCAUCGAGGGAAAACCAGAAGGAACAUCCCAGACUGACAAGCACAAAUCGACCUCCCAGAAUCGGAAAGUUCUCCAACUACACACCCCUGACAUCCCCGAUCACUGAGAUAUACCACCAAAUAACAAACCAAGGUAUCCUCCCAAAGGCCCGACAACUCAAGGAAAGAACAGGCGGCAACAAAACCCUCUAUUGCGACUACCACCGAGGAUAUGGACAUAAGACACAAGACUACUUUGACUUAAAAGAUGCUCUCGAGCAAGCUAUACGAGACGACAAGCUCCCCGAGUUUGCCAAAAUCAUCCAAGAAUCAAAGCGCGCGGAAAGAGACAGGUCAUUAGAGAGAGAAGGACGCAACCCGAGGACACAAAGACAAACCCCCAGGGAAAGCCUAGAGACUAACCCGACCAUAAUCGUUAACGUCAUCACAGGCAAGGACACCCCGGGAAAAUCGAAGUCAGCACUCAAGAAGGAUCUCAAGAUCUUGGCAGUCAGGAACCAAUCCCCAACCGACAACGCUGGUAAGGCGAUUGCAUUCUCCCCUGAGGCCUGCCAACACGGCCCCUCAGCGGAAGACGCCCCAUUCGACAUCUCGGCAAAGAUUGGAACCGGGUUAGUCAGAAGAAUACUGGUAGACACAGGAGCAAACUCCAACAUCCUCUUCAGAGGAGCCUUUGACAAGCUCGGACUCUGCAGCAACAACCUCCAAAGACACAGCAACGGAGUCACCGGACUCGAAGACAAUUUUCUCAAGCCAGACGGCUCUGUCGUCCUACCCCUCACCAUAGGAACAGGAAACCAAAAGAAGACAAUCCUGUCCGAGUUUGUGAUCCUCAAAGACUCCACCGCUUACAACGUCAUCCUCGGAAGAAAAAUAAUCAAUGACCUCUCCGCCGUCAUCUUCACCAAAUACCUUCUCAUGAAGUUCACAACAGAAGACGGCUCCAUCGAAACCAUCCAUGGAGACCAGGAAAUCGCAGUAGAGUGUGAGAACACCAGCUCGGCCCUCUGCAAGAGAUCCCGAGAUGCGACAGGCAUCUUCCUCGCUGACCUCGAUGCACGCCAAGACCAAAGUCCACGCAGAACCAUGGGAGAAAACGACAAAGAAGCAGAGUGGGACCUUGCAAACAAGGUCAGAAGCAUAGCACACCUACGGAAGCUAGCCCUAAAAUAG